AGAUCCCGAACAUUGGACAGCAGAACAAUGCAAUGAUCUCAGGUCAAUAAUGGAAAAUUUUGUUUACGUAAUUAGAUGGCCUUAUAUUUCUGGGAAUGAAUUUUCCAAGAAUGUUGUCCCAUAUUCAAAAAUUUUUCCAGAAAAAUUUUAUAAAGAACUGGUGAAGUAUUACGUGAAUCCAAAUGAGAGCUUGCAAUUUCGAAAUUUUCCUAAACGUGUAGGAAAAUUAGAAUCAAAUCUGAUAUCUAUCAAGCACAUGAAUCUCAUCUCACAGUGGAUUAAGACUCAACACAAUUUCAUUUUACAACAGACUAAACGCUCAGAUAGGAAAAUGCAGUAUCAUUACAACCUCCUAAUUCGUGGAAGCCGAGACGGCUUUAGUAAAUCAGAUUUCCAGAGGGCGUGUCAAUAUAUGGGUCCAACCAUUAUGAUAGUCAAACUCGAAAAAUCGGACGUAAUAAUUGGAGGGUAUAACCCGCUUCCAUGGUCAACUUCUAAUAAAAACAGUAUCCAUGCGCGAAAAAGCUUCAUAUUUGCAUUCGACAAUGAUUACAAUGAUCCAGUAAUGGCUGGGAAACUCUGUAAGCCAAAAAAUAUUGGAACUUAUCCUGUUAUAUCUAUUACCGACGAUGGUUUAAAGUUCGGGUUAGACUUGACUCUAAAAUUUGCUGAUUCCAACGAUUUAAUAAACUCUACCCUAAGUUAUCGCAAUAUUGAGUACACCUUACUUGGUAAUGUUCAAAGGCAGUUUGAAAACCCCAUUAAUAUAGAGGAUUUUGAAAUAUUUUCAGUUCAUGACACUUCAAAUUCUGAUCGAAACAUAAAUGGUGAACCAAGUGAAGGUGUCGUUGAAGUGGACUGGUCGUUUUGGAUUUGGAGUUGGCUAAUCGAUAUUGUUUGGGCGUUUGCAAAUUUGAUAUUGAUCGUUAAGAAG